AAAAUCGACUGUUAUAAUGUUUGGAAUCAUCAGUUAUAAUCGACAGUUAUUAUACGUUUGGACACAUCGUAUAAACCUUUUCGCUAAGAUAUUCUAUUAUUUUACUGUGCUGCUAGGACAAUGGAACAGACUGCCUCUAAAGGUAUGAGCUCAUACAUACAGAUGAAAGGUCUGCACGACAAGGACAUUACAGCAUUAAGCUUCCAUCCGAUACAAACUCAUAGAUUGAUAUCGAGUAGCCUGGAUAAAACAUUAGCAUUGUGGAGCACAGAUACGUUGAGUGGUAAAAAAUUUAAAGCCCAUGUAUCCAGUGUAUUAGACGCAUGCUAUUCACCAGAUGGUGACCUUAUAGCUACUACCUCUAAAGAUCAGUCUAUCCGAAUUUGGGACCCUAAAGAUCACAAAAAUUUCACAGAAUACAAAGGUCACUAUUCUGCUGUGAGAUCCAUACAAUUUAGUCCAAAGGGAGACAAGUUUGUUUCCGCGUCAAAUGACAAAAAAGUAAUGCUUUGGAUACCAUGUCGUGGAAAAUUCUUCCAGACAUUUAGUGGACAUAUAAAUAGGGUAAGAUGCGCUAAAUUUUCUCCCGAUGGAAAACUUUUAGUAUCGUGUAGCGAUGACAAAACAGUAAAACUAUGGGACAUUACCAGCGGACAAUGUGUCAAAACUUUUACUAACAUAAAAGUUCUCGCUAGAUACAUAGAGUUUCAUCCAACUGGUACAAUUAUUGCAUCAGCAAACGAGGAUGGGUGUAUUAAAUUGUAUGAUCUAAAAACAAAUUCUUUGUAUGAGCAUUACUCUGUUCAUGACGCAGGUGUAAAUAUGGUCAAAUUCCAUCCAAAUGGAAACUUGAUGUUAACAGCGUCUGAUGAUUAUACAACGAAGAUUGUAGAUUUUUUAAACGGGCGGCCAAUUUAUUCUCUCAGGGAACAUUAUGAUAAGGUAACAUGUGUAGCAUUUUCAAAUGAUGGUAAGCUUUUGGCUUCUGGUAGCACGGAUCGACAAAUCCUAGUAUGGAAGUGUGAUGAUUUAUGUGUGGAUGGUCAAAGUAGAGAGAGUUCUACAUUGCAGUUAACGUCUUCUACAACAACUAAUAGGAGCUUGAUAAUGCCGAGCUCUGUCAAACAAGAAUUUGAUGAUGAAGAUGAAAAAUCAAACACUCACUAUGAGGAUGAAAAAUCGAAAAGGAGCGAAAAAGAAGAUGAAGAAGAUGCAAAUGAAAAUCAAGAAAACUAUUUAUCAACCACAUUCAAAAAAUUGCACUCAGAAUCAGACGACAGUGAAAGCAUUUUAUCAGCAAAAAUCGUGGAACAUAAAAACGUAAACAUAACGAACGUUGAAUCUUCUCAAGAAGAUUAUGCAAAAUACGUGCCCAUAUUCCAAAAAAAAAAACAGCCCCACAGCUCGAAACAGUCCCAAGCGGUCUUAAAAAAAUGUCAGACAUUGUUUAACAGACGUUCAUCUAAUCAGUCUAUUGAAACACCAGCAGAUCCAGUUGUAAAGCAAAUACAAUCAUUACGUCAUAAUUAUGAUGUAUUAGAACAACGCUUGACAAUAUUAGAAAAGGAAUUUAAGAAACUAAAUCAUUAAUUUCUUCAGCUUAUAUUCAUUAAUUACUCUGAACAAUAUGUACGG